AUGGUGGCUCAUUUCAGAGAUAAAACUCAGCAGGAAAACAGCAGCAGCAGCAGCAGCAGCAGCUCAGAGCAACAAGAGUCCAAACCAGAAGAAGUUCCCCAGGAGACAGAGGCUGAAAUUCAGCAGAUGAUCCAGAAAAGACAAGAGAAGAUCCAGGAGAUCAAACACUCAGUGGACCUUAGUAACAAAAACGCAGACAGAGAGAUGGCCGAAGGUGUUCGAGUCUUCAGCGCUCUGAAGGAGUCUGUUGAGAGAGGCCAGGCCGAGCUCAUGGACUUCAUCAAAGAGAAGCAGAAAAGAACAGAGAAACAGGCCCAAGACUUCAUCAAGGAACUGGAGGGAGAAAUCUCUGAGCUGAUGAAAAGGAGCUCUGGGGAGGAGAGUCCUUCAUGCUCUACAGAUUCCCUCAAACUACUCCAGAGUGUCCGGUCAAUGAUCAUCAACCACCGACAACCAACCAGAAACUGGACAGAGGUGAAUGUCCAUCCCCCUUCAUAUGAAGGGACUGUGGUCAGAGCUGUGGUUCAGCUGGAGGAGGCUCUCACUACAGAGAUGAAGAAGCUGGUUCGAGCCGAGCUGAAUAGAAUCCAACAGUAUGAGGUGGAUGUGACUCUGGAUCCUGAUACAGCACAUCCUCGACUCAUCCUGUCUGAUGAUGGAAAAGAAGUCAGUGAUGGAGAUGUGGGGAAGAAUCUUCCAGACAACCCAGAGAGGUUUUCUCUCAAUCCCUGUGUUUUAGGAAAGCAGAGUUUCUCUUCAGGUAGAUUUUACUACGAGGUCCAGGUUUUAAGAAAGACUGAGUGGGAUUUAGGAGUGGCUAGUGAGUCAAUCAGCAGGAAGGCCGACACCCCCCUGUGUCCUGAGGAGGGUUAUUGGUCAAUUUGGCUGAGGAAGAGAAUACAGUACAGAGCCCUCGAUGACCCUCCAGUGCGUCUCCUUCUGAGAUCAAGACCCAUGAAGGUGGGCGUGUUUGUGGAUUACGAGGAGGGUGUAGUCUCCUUUUAUGAUGUUCACACUCCAGCUUUGCUCUACUCCUUCACUGGCUGCUCUUUCAGUGAGAAACUCUUCCCAUACUUCAACCCUGGUCUGAGCGGUGUUAGAAACUUUACACCGCUGAUCAUAUCUCCGGUCAACCAGGUCAUGGAGAUCGAAUUGAUGGACUGCAUUGAUGUUUAA